AUGACACUACCGACGAGUUCCGAACAGUCUCGCAUAGCAGAAGCCUCUUGUACAUCGCCUCCAGAUGAGUAUGUCAAUCCAGUGUAUUUAAAUCCAUUCUCUCAACUCACAUCUCAACAGCAACAGCAACAGCAACAGUUGUUUCUUACGCAACUUCUACUUUCCGGAGUCACUUGUCCACCAUUAAAUCCGUUAGCAAAUGCUUUACAGUAUCUCCUACAUAAUAGUGCGCUGUAUCUGCAGCAGCAGCAACAGCAGCAAACUUUUCCUUCUUGUCCAAUUCCAUCAGUAUUAAUCGAUAGUCAUAAACCAAACGAAUCAAGUCUACCUGUAAAUUUAAAACAUAAACGUGAUUCAUCUGUAUCAGUACCCAUUGAUUGCAGCCUAUCCGAUACGAAUGGAAAAUCAGUACCAGAUGAUGAUGAUAAUUCGCCGACGAUCGCUACAACACUUGCAACAUUACAUUCGAACACUAAUGAAUCGACGACUGUGGAUGGAAUCAAUCUAGAUGAAAUUAAACAAUUUGCUAAAGCAUUCAAACUACGUCGUUUAGCGUUGGGUUUGACUCAGACCCAAGUUGGUCAAGCUUUGAGUGUCACACGUGGACCAGCAUAUAGUCAGUCAGCCAUAUGUCGGUUCGAAAAGCUCGAUAUAACGCCGAAAAGUGCAUCAAAAAUCAAACCAGUUCUCGAGAAAUGGAUGCGAGAUGCAGAAUUGAAAUAUGCUGAUAGAUUAAAGAAUGGACCAACGAAUCUGCAAGAUCUCGUCACUGAUCUAAAUACAAAGAAGCGCAAGCGGCGAACAUCAUUCACUCCUCAAGCAUUGGAGAAACUCAAUGAUGCAUUUGAACUGAAUACCCACCCAUCCGGUAUCGAUAUGUCAUCGCUUGCUCAAGAAUUAAAUUACGAUCGCGAAGUAAUACGCGUUUGGUUUUGUAAUAAACGUCAGGCAUUGAAGAAUUCCGUAAAAAAAUUCAAAUCGAAUCAGAUAAAUGAAGAUAAUGAAUCGACAUCUAGUUUGCUACUGGAGAAUCAUUCAAGUACUGGGCAAGAUGAAAUUUGA